CUUUGGAGAAGCCGACCCGUUCAGCAGAGCGAGUUUCCAUGACGGCGAUGAGCUGAUGAUGCCGAUCCACUCCACACCGGCUCCAGCUGCAGCUUGGACCGCUCCGCCUACACCUGCCCCCCCCUCCCAGGCCGCUGCCCCCCCCUCCCAGGCCACACCCCCCCCUCUCUGACCGAGGAGCAACGUAGACGCAUGGAGCUGAACAGGCAGCGAGCUCUGGAGAGGAGGAUCGCUCGCCAGCAGCAGCAGACGGAUCCGUCGAGCUCACAGCCGACUGACUCUGAACCUUCGUCUGUCUCCUCUGCAAACGCCCUCAACCAAUCUAAAGAGCAGGAGGAGGAGGUGAAGAAGGUGCAGGAGGAUGAGGAAGAGGAGGUGAAGAAGAUUCUGGACGAUGAGGAGAUGCAGGAGGAGGUGAAGGCGCAUGAGGAGAUGCAGGAGGUGGUAAACGUGCAGGAGAAGGAGGAGAAGAAGAAGGUGCAGGAGGAAGAGGAGAUGCAGGAUGAGGAGAUGCAGGAGGUGGUAAACGUGCAGGAGGUGAAGAUGCAGGAGAAGGAGGAGAAGAAGAAGGUGCAGGAGGAAGAGGAGAUGCAGGAUGAGGAGAUGCAGGAGGAUGUACAAGAUGAGGUCAAGGUGCAGGAGGAGAAGGAAGUGAAGGUGCAGGAGGAGAAGGAAGUGAAGGUGCAGGAGGUGGAGAAGGAGGUGCAGGAAGAGGAGGUGCAGCCACCCAGCAGCAGCAUCAUCACAGAUCAACCCGACCAACUUUCACUCAAAGACUCUGAAACUUCUGAGACGAUCAAACCUGAAAACAGCUGCGAGGACGAAGAUUAAAACUCUGAAUUCAACAUCUGCACUUCUUCUUUCUUUCUUCCUCUCUUUAUAUAUUCCAUCUUGUUCUCCUUGUUGUUUUUUUGGACAAAGACUCAAAGACCUGCAGCUUGUUCGGACCUUAAACCAACAUGUUUAAAUUCAGGACUCACAGCUGGUUUAUGGAGGAAGAUGAUCACCUGUUAUAAUAAAUCAGAGCUGAAAAUAAUUAUUAUUUUCAUGCAGAUGUUGAUUCAUUUAUUACUGAAUUUAAAGCAGGAAACUCAAUGUUAGUUACAGCUGUCAUACUGGACAAUAUUUAAGGUGGACUGAUCUCAUAUUUAC